AUGCGCAGGUACAGGUCAGGGAGUCCUACGGCUCAGGCAAAGGCGAAUGGCGGCGCCAUACCUGAUCCCUUCGCCAUGAUCCGCGCCUACGAAUCCGACUCCAAUCCUACAAAACCGAUCCGUCCCUCCCCCCUCACCGCUUCUACCAUACAGGGCCUGCCUUUGGACCUGCUCGAUCGGUUGCGCUCCUUCCCUCUCUUCGUGUCCGCCCCGGAAGCCUUCCUCGCCGCUAUCGGUACCCACCUCCGACCUCACGUCUACAGCCAGAACGACUACAUCCUCACCGAGGGCGACCAUGCAAAGGCCAUGUACUGGGUCGUCCGCGGGGCCGUCCGCGUCACCUCGAGGGACGGCGAGAGCACCUACGCGGAGCUCAAGCCGGGUGCCUUCUUCGGCGAGAUUGGCAUCCUCAUGGACAUUCCCCGCACCGCCACCAUCAUCGCGAGCAUGAAGUCAUUGAUAGUCCGCCUGAACAAGGAGGACCUCAAGAAGGAGUUACCAAACUUCCCCGCCGUCGAGCGUGCCAUCCGCGAGGAGGCCAAGGAGCGCCUGUCCAUCCUCGAGCGCAAGAAGAGGGAGAUUGGAUUCUCCGCCUACAAGAAGCCCAUCAUCGCCCUCGUCUCCCGCAACGGCAAGCGCACACGCGACCGCGUCGACGGGAGCGUGGAGACAGGCGACACCGGCGCCGUCGUCCGAGGCGGCGACGUCGUCAGUGCGUACAAGAAGAGGAAAUCCCCCAGCCCAGGCCUGGCCGAGGCCGCUGCAUUGAGCGCUUUCGGAAGUGGGAGCGUCAACAUAAGACACCUCCUCAAAGAGCUUCCCCUCUUCUCCAGCCUGCCCGACGACAUCCUCCACUUCAUUGGCUUGAACGCAACUCCGCGCUCUUUUCCUCCCUUCACCGACAUAAUACAGCAGGGCACCCAGGGUCGCGAUGUCUACUUCAUCGUCCGGGGAGAGGUCGAGGUGGUCAGCACCAAGGCGGAAGAGAACGGCCACCUCGCGAGCCGUAGGAAAUCGAUCGCUGCGGGCGAGAACAACUUUCCGCAGCAGGUCGUGGCUCGCCUCCGGGCGGGGCAAUAUUUCGGCGAAGUCGUGAGCCUGUCACUAGCACCCCGCCGGACGGCCACCGUCCGCUCGAUAUCGUCCGUCGAGUGCUUGAUGAUCGGCGGAGACGUCCUCAACGAGCUAUGGAACCGUUGCUCCGCAGACGUCCGCAACCAGGUCGAAUCGACCGCCAAAGAACGACUGAAAACUUCCAAGGAUUCGGACGUCGAGAUGAAGGAUGCGACGCAGGACCCGCCCAAGAUAGAUGGCUUGGUGAUUGCGGAUCUGAUCAUGCCUCGCACGCCCACGAAGAAGAAAGUGCCCACCGUCACGUUCGAGGAUCUUCCCGCCGCGAUAGACAGUCCCAUGACCCCUUCUCGGCGGGACGAGAAGAUGAUGGAGCCAUACGACCCUGAUCCGUUCCUAAAUGUAGACCUCGACAAUGUGCGGUCGAGAUCCAGACGUGGUUCUCUCGCGCCUCCUCCGCCCGAAUCCCCCACCAGCCCCUCCAGCGACCCCUUCUCCAAAUCGCCGUCUCCCAGCGGGACGCCGCUAUCGCCUUCCCCCUACCCCAAGCAUGCAUCGACCCCUCCCGAACCCACGUUUCCGAUCAAGAAGCCCAGAAUAGUGCGCCGCCCGAGCCGGCACGGCCAGGGCGUCCUCCCGGAUUCCCUGUUGGUCAGGAUCUUCAAGAGUUUAGACGUGUAUGAACUGAUGCAGAUGCGUCAGAUAUCAAUGCAUUGGCUCAAGAUCAUAACGACGUCUCCUGACAUCUUGCACACCCUCGACCUGACCAAAUACAAUCGCAGAGUGACAGACCGCGCCCUGGUGGACAUCAUAUGUCCAUUCGUCGGUACUCGUCCGACGCUGGUCGACGUCAGCAAUUGCUUCCACGUCACGGACGAGGGAUUUGCUGCGCUCGCCAACACCUGCGGACCCAAUGCAAAGGUGUGGCGGAUGAAGAGCGUGUGGGACAUUACCGGGCCUGCCGUGCUCGAGAUGGUGCAGAAGGCUAAGGGACUCGAAGAGGUGGACCUCAGCAACUGCAGAAAAGUGGGAGAUAACCUCCUUGCACGCGUCAUAGGAUGGGUGGUGCCUGAGUUGCCCCCCGCCAUGGCGAUGCAGCAGGCACAGAUGAGCAGCCGCCGUUCUUUUGGACAGCAGAUGGUCGGACCCAAAGGCCAACCAAUCCCCCAGCCUCUGCCGCCUGGGACCGUGGUGGGCUGUCCCAAGCUGAGACGAUUGACUCUGAGCUAUUGCAAGCACAUCACAGACCGAUCCAUGGCGCAUAUUGCCGUGCAUGCGGCUUCGAGAGUGGAGCAACUGGACCUCACAAGGUGUACGACGAUCACGGAUGUUGGAUUCCAACACUGGAGCGUGUAUUCCUUCCCUCGGCUGACGAAACUCUGCCUCGCGGAUUGCACCUAUCUGACGGACAACGCAAUCGUGUAUCUGACCAAUGCGGCGAAGAGCCUGCGGGAAUUGGACCUGUCGUUCUGCUGUGCUCUCUCUGACACAGCGACGGAGGUGCUUGCUCUUGGACUGCCCAAUCUGACCCAUUUGAAUCUCGCAUUUUGCGGAUCGGCCGUCUCGGACACCUCGCUGCGCUGCAUCUCCCUCCACCUUCUCGAAUUGAAGCAAUUAUCCGUUCGCGGCUGUGUUCGUGUGACGGGCACCGGCGUCGAGGCUGUAGUAGAGGGCUGCAGAGACCUGGAGCUGUUCGACGUUAGCCAAUGCAAGAACCUGAGCAGAUGGCUAGAAGCCGGAGGCGUCGAAAUUGUACGAAGCCGCGGGCGGAAGAUCAAGUUCGAGACCGUUACUGAUGGAAAAUGGCGAACCGCCAAAAAGAACUAG